AGUACACUGACCCAGCCAUGUCUUUUCUCACACCAGCCUCCAAAUGUUCAACUACGAUACCAUCGCUAGGAACGCUCCACGGCUACCAAUAUGGCAAUGGAGUGCAGCAGUACUGCGGGAUUCCGUACGCUCGUCUGUGCAAACGAUGGACACGGUCAGAGCUGAACACUUCAUGGGCGAACAAUCAUCACGACGGGACAAAAUUAGGAGCUGAUGUCCCCCGGCCAAUGCUCCAAGGCGACGACUCGGACGAUCUGACACCAGUGCCUCCACCAGCGCACUUCCCCGAGCUACCAGAGGUAGACGAGCUGCACGGGCUCGUGAUGAACAUCGUAAUCCCUCAUGCUCCGAACGGCCAACAACUACCCGUUUUCGUUUACGUACACGGUGGCUCGCUCCUCUACGGCGGAGCCAACCUUCCCAUCUUCGACUGUGUCAACCUCGUCUCCCACAGCCUCAAGAUCGGAAAGCCCAUCGUCUGCGUCAACUUCAACUACCGCGUCGGCCUGGGCGGGUUCCUCGCCAGCGAGGCCAUCAAACGGGAGCUCGAACACUACGGCCAUCAAGGAUGCGGCAACUUCGGAUUCACCGACCAGCAAGUCGCCUUCGAAUGGGUUCAGCGAUACAUCGCACCCCUCGGGGGUGAUCCCGACGAGGUCACAGCCGUGGGGGAGUCGGCGGGUGGCAUAUCCAUAAACAACCAUCUGGUAGCCGCGCAGCCCGCGCGCUUCCACCGCGCCGUAUGCAUGUCCGGCCUGUCCGUCUCCAUCCCACCCUGGACCAUGGCCCAACACGAGGAAUACUUCGAAGCGGUAUGCCGGUAUUUCGAUGUCAACCCCCAAGCGCCAGAUGUCCUCGACCGCUUGCGCGCAAUCCCCCAACAGGAACUGGCCAACGCCACCGCCGCCAUCCAAGGUGUUCUGUCCGGCACAGGGAACUCCUGUCUCGACGGUUGGUUCUACGCCCGGAACCCCUUGGAGGUGCGCGAGCCUCCCCAGUGGCUCAAAGCCUACAUGUUGGGAGACGUCUACCACGAAGGCAUCAUCUUCCAUCUGAAUAUGCUGACAGACACUUACGACACGGUCUUCCAGACCCUCCUAAGCAAGAUCCAGAACACGGACGAAACGGCCCAGAUCCUCAAGGAAUACGGCGUCGAGUCUUCCGGCCUCGAGCCUGACGAAUUCCUGACGCGCCUGGAACACAUGUGCGGCGACGCGAUCUUCAAAAUCCCCAACUACGCCACCUCUCAGCUCUGCACGCGCUUGCGGGACAAGAACGCCCUGUUCCUCUAUCACUUUGACCAACGGUCCCGUCUGAAGAAUGCACUAGAGGGAACCGCAUACCACGCCAUCGAGCUUCUGUAUCUCUUCGGAAAUCUCGAUAACGAGCUGAACGACGGUGAAAAGGCGAUGGCGCGGAAUUUCGCCACGGCGUGGAUCACGUUCGCCUACGGCGAAGCGCCGUGGUCGGCCCCGAAGGGGCACUGGAAAGUCUGGGGUCAGAACUGCGUCCAAAGGAUCAAGAGCGAAGACGAAGAUGAGGACGUCCGUGACUAUGCCCGUAUGAAGCGGAUACUGGCCAUGGGAGAUGGCAAAACGUGGGUUAAGUGGCUUGACGGGGUAGAUUCCCUUGUAAACAAGCGGAUGAACAUGGGCAAA